AUGGGGAUCUUCGAGCCGUUCCGUGCGAUCGGCUACAUCACGGCGGGCGGCGUGCCCUUCUCCGUGCAGCGCCUCGGCACCGAGACCUUCGUCACUGUCAGCGUCGGCAAGGCCUUCCACGUCUAUAACUGUGCUAAGCUGAAUUUGGUUCUUGCUGGACCCCAACUGCCCAAGAAGAUCCGUGCUAUUGCAUGCUACAAGGAUUAUACAUUUGCUGCUUAUGGAAGUGAUAUUGCAGUUUUCAAAAGGACUGAUCAGGUGGCUACUUGGAGUAGACAUGAAGAAAAGGUCAACAUGCUAUACCUGUUUGGAGAAUAUGUUCUAAGUGCAGAUGCUAAAGGUAAUAUAUUCAUGUGGGCCUUCAGAGGAGCAGAACCAAACAGUGAACCAGUUGGAAGCAUAUCAUUGGGAGACAAGUUCACCCCAACAUGUAUCAUGCAUCCUGAUACUUACCUAAAUAAGGUAAUUGUUGGUAGCGAAGAAGGCCCUUGCAGCUGUGGAAUAUCAGCACAAAAAAAGAAACUGUAUGAUUUCAAUGGUUGGAAUUCACCGGUUCGGUGUUGUGUCUCUUCGCCUGCUCUGGAUGUAGUUGCUGUCGGAUGUUCUGAUGGGUCAGUUCAUGUUCAUAAUAUAUGGAUAUUCGAUAGUAAUGAUGGAGAUGCUCGUCUGUUACGAUUUCGAAGUGGUCACAGUGCUCCACCUAGGUGCAUAAGAUUCUAUGGCAAUGGAAAAUGCAUAUUAUCUGCUGGUCAAGAUCGUGCAUUUCGUCUUUUCUCAGUUAUCCAGGAUCAACAAAGUAGAGAGCUUUCUCAGCGGCAUGUGGCGAAAAGAGCAAAAAGGCUAAGAGUAAAGGCAUAUGUAUGGCGUCUUCAGAACUUCGUUAUUGGUGAACAUGUUUUGACACCAUCAUCAAGCACUGUGACACCGAUUAAGGCUUGUGUGAUAAGUGCAUGUGGUAAUUUUACUAUCUUGGGCACUGAAGGUGGUUGGAUCGAAAAAUUUAACCUUCAAUCAGGGUUUAGUCGUGGUUGUUACAUUGACACUUCGUUGGCAAUGCAAUGUGCACAUGAUGGUGAAGUUGUUGGGUUAGCUUGCGAUGCCACAAAUGGCUCUCUAAUUAGUGCGGGAUACCAUGGUGAUAUUAAGUUAUGGGAUUUUAAAACUUGCAAGCUGAAAUCCAGAUUGGAUGUUGGUAAAUCUGUCACUAAAAUUGCAUUUCACCGGCCAAAUGGUCUUCUUGCUACCGUAGCAGGUGAUAUGGUACUUAUAUUGUUUGAUACGGUGUCCAUGAAAAUGGUUCGUAGAUUUGAAGGACAUACAGACCGUAUCACUGAUUUGUGCUUCAGUGAGGAUGGAAAAUGGCUCAUCUCGUCUAGCAUGGAUGGGACUCUUAGGAUUUGGGACAUAAGUUUAGCAAGGCAGAUAGAUGCAAUGCAUGUUGAUGUAUCUAUAACAUCUAUCUCUAUGUCUCCUAAUAUGGAUGUGUUGGCAACCACUCAUGUUGAUCAAAAUGGUGUCUACCUCUGGGUUAAUCAAUCUUUAUUCUCGGCCUCAACAAAUACUGAAAAUUAUGGCAGUGGUAAACAUGUACGGAAUGUGCGUUUGCCAACUGUUUCAUCUGCAGAGAGAUCCGAGGAAGAACAAGUUCAGAAUUCAGGAGAGUCAUAUAAGUCCAGUAUUAAACCUUUUGUCGUAAUGGAUCAUCAAAUACCCAAUCUAGUCACCCUCUCCUUACUUCCAAAGAGUCAAUGGCAAAGUUUGACAAAUCUUGACAUUAUAAAGGUUCGCAAUAAACCAAUUGAGCCACCUAAGAAACCUGAGAAGGCACCUUUCUUCUUGCCUUCAGUUCCAUCCCUUUCUGGGGAGAUAUUGUUUGAGCCCCCUGCCAGCACAAAAGAAACAGACAUCAGUACCACUAAGAAUACAUAUCACAAGAUGUCUGAGCUCUCCUCUCAUUUCAGUCAGCUGUUGCAAUCUUGUGGUGAAACAAAGGACUAUUCGGCUUUUACUGACUACCUGAAAGGCCUGUCACCGUCAUCUUUAGAUAUGGAACUGCGAAUGCUACAGAUAAUAGAUGACGAAGAGUCUGAAGAUCUGGAGCAAAGACCUGAGCUUCAGUCCAUUUUAUCGCUGUUGGAUUAUUUCAUUCAUGAACUUUCCUUCAGGAAUAACUUCGAGUUUGUCCAAGCUGUUCUGAAAUUGUUUUUGAAGAGUAAGGUGAAGAAGCUUCUUGAGGUCCAGAGCUUAGUUUGGCAGAAGAUUGAUAAGAUCUUUCAGGGUGCACGAUGCAUGGUUACAUUCCUCAGUAACUCACAAUUUUAG